AUGUUUCGAAUUUUAUUCAUAUUCCUAGCUUUAGCCUAAGCCAAAAUCAUUACCUAAUCAUUCUCCCUCAAGCAACUUUCUAAAAUGGACUACAUCCCAAUAAGCAGAUUCGGCAGUCGCGGGAUUGUAAAUUACGAAAUAUCGUACUUAAUCGCCAACUUAUAGAUAGGUCUCGUUUGAUUAAUCUUCCCAAAGAUUAUGAGGGCGACAGAUUAAUGAUCCCUUUUGAAUUCUUCUAAUAGGAUAAAUGGCAAUAAGCCUAGUCACUACCCGAAUGCCAGAAGCAGGAUAAAGCAAAUAGAAUUAUCUACCAAUCUAUAGAAGUUAAUACUCCCGAAGAGAUCUCAACAUUGAAUGGAUAGCUAGCUUAUGGAAGACAUCAUAAUGUCUGGUUGGCAAUUUUUAAUAAUUGCGAUCACAAACUUGAAAAAAUGUUCUCUGCUUCUGCAUCCAAAGUCAAAUUGGAAAUAACUAUCUGGUUUUUCGAUGAAGGAGGAUAAGAAUUCUCUUUGGAAGAACAUGGGUUGUUUAGCAUUGUGGCUGUCUUGGCAUUACUAACUAUAAUUGGAUUUUACUACAACUAUCGGAUUUACAAGAAGGAACAGGAGAAGUACGGAGAAAAAGACUACGCAUUACUUUUUGUCUUAGUAAUCAUAGGAUUGGAGGCAAUGUAAAAUACUCUCAAUUUCUUCAACCUUUUGGUAUAUAACAGUAAUGGAAGAGGAAUAAGUGCAUUUGCGAUCAUAUCAGAAGUAAUAUAAUCAGUGGAUAACUAUUUGCUGAUGUUGUUAUUGAUAUUAAUUGCUUGGGGUUGGACAAUUGACUUUAUUAAUCUAGAGACAUAGGCAGCUUUCUAUCUUCCCUUAGUAUUUGUCCUUGGAGUAGUCUAAACAAUAUUCGCCAUCAUAGGCAGAUUACUUAGCACUUAAACUUAAUUUCAUAUGUACGAAGGGUGGGCUGGCUAUUCAAUCAGCAUUAUUUACAUACUUCUUGCUCUGUAUUUCUUUUAUUCAGCGAAUCAGCAAAAAAAGAAAGGGGAAAUCGCUAACAGUUUUUAUUUCAAACUUAAACUAUUUGGAACUUUAUUCUUUGUAUCCUUCCCAGUUCUUUUGAUGAUCUCAAAAGUCAUUGAUCCCUAUAAAUCAUACAAGGUCAUUAUAUUGGGAAGCAUGUUAGUGAGGUUAUUGAAUAUUGCUCUCUUGGUAAGAUUAUUCGUAGGGAAAUCAACUGAUUAUUAAAGAAUUUGCAUCAAAGGGAAAUCCUUUUUGGAUAGAGAUAAAAUAAUGUGA